AUGGAAGAUACGGAAGCCCAAAAGCAGCAGCAAUCAGCAGCCACAAAAGCCACCUUGAAAAUGGGUUUGUAUAAAAAAGCCGGGGGCUACAAACCCUACUUCUACAACACCUCUACCGAUUUUUGCCGCUUUCUCGAGGAUACUUCUAGAAAUUUCUUUAUUAAUUUUAUCUUCAAUUUCCUCAACGAGUUUUCGAAUUUGAAUCACAGCUGUCCUUUCGAUAAUGACAUCAUUGUCAAAGAUCUGGUUGCUCCUGAGGAAAAAUUUCGUAUGCUUCCCAUUCCCAUUGGUGAAUACAUGUUGAAAAUUAUCUUAAUCAUCAACAAAAAGGAGAGAUCAGCCAUCAAUGUAUUUGUUGAGAGAUCUGAAGCUUAUAAGGCCUUGGGUUAA